AUGGCGCCACAACCCUCCUUCGAGCUCGCGGCAAGGCUCAAAGCCUCUCAGCAGAUUCUUGCGAAAGAGCUGUGGGUCAAUUCCUGGAUGGUGUGGUGCUGGCUUCUCGGACAUGCCGCAACGUGGAUCUGCGUGGGCUUUGGCAUGUACAUCAUGCCUGACGGCGUGGUGAAUUUCUUUCCAGGCCAUCUCCGACAUGUUGAGCACCUUCAUGCUGGAGCCACCAAAGGUGUUAGCAUUUUUCAAUGCACCACGGCGUUUGUUUGUGACUUCCCAGAUCGCCCAAUCUUCCCAAACAUUUCAAAGCCGCAAGGAUUCUACGCGGUCAUCGUUGUCUUCAUCUCCUUCGUGGCCUUUUGCAGAUCGCGUGCUGGUGGAGUGGAUGGUGCCUGGCCAGCGCCGCUGUACGUGAUUUUCCCGCAGAACUACUCGGCCUUCGGGCUAGCCAAGGGGCAGCGGCCCGCCAGGGUGUUCAUGGUCAUCUUGGCUUUGCUGGGUUUGCCUGGUGUUGGCAUGAUCUUUCAGGCUUUCAUCAUCACUGAUCCUAGCUUCGUCGGUUGGACUGCGGAAGGAGCUUUAUUUUUUAGGAUCGGAAUGUGGGGAGCAGCUCUCUUCAGUUGUGGAUGGUACAUGUUGUCUGGAUGCUUCUUUUGCGCACCUCGGUUUUCCGGAGCUGCCUUGGCAGACCGUUCGUUGCAGGAGCGCAUUGCCAGCAAGUCUGAAAUUCUGUCUGGGAAGAUGGCGUCCAAGCAAGAAAAACCGAAUUGGAUGGAGUACGGAAUGCUGCAUUUGGAGAUGCUCUUGUUUGCAGCAGACUUCGUCUCAGAUGGCCUCGCCGGCUGGCAGUUCCUGCAGGGGGAAAUGUAUGUACUGUUCGCAUUGCAACUGGGCAUCGUGCUGGUGUCCCUUUGGGCCGAAACGCGACAGAUGAGAAGGCAUGGAAAUCUUAUGACAUGGUGCCGUGCCUUCACAGAGUCCAGCCGCUAUGGAUGGCCGACCGACGAAUUUCUUGCCAUCAUGCUGAUGGAGAAGUCAGUCGAGGCUCCACUAACCUUCCUCCUACAAGGGUACGCUGUGUGGGCGGUCAGCUUACAGGCUAUGGCGACGGAGGGACGGUCUGUAGCAUUCUUUCAUGGAAAGCUGGCGCUGGCCGCUUUCGGCGUGGCAAAAGGCGCUUACGUGCUGAUUCACUUGGACCUUGCUCGACACCUCCACGCAGUCCAGGAGGAUGCAGCAGCGAUCCUCGGGGCUGCAGCACCAACAGCGCCCAGUAACCUUGUCUCCCCACCCGCCGUGGAGCUGCCGCCGGCCAUGGCCGACGCGCAGCCCGCGGCUCCCCAGUCCGGUGCCCAGGAUGCUGGAGCUUUCCCACCAGGCUUGAGCCCUCCACCUCCCAGAGCUUCCAUGCCUCCGCUACCUCCGCUGCCCGGGCUUGAAGGGGUUAUUCAAGUCGGGAAGCCGCGGGGCUUCGUCGACAGGGAGUAG